AUGAGUGUGGCAGCUCGAGUUGCAGAAGAAAUGGGAGUCAAGGUCGGCAACGAAGUCGGUUAUUCCAUUAGAUUCGAAGAUGCUACUAGCGAUAAAACCAUUCUGAAGUAUAUGACUGAUGGCAUGUUACUUCGAGAAUUCAUGACGGAGCCGGAUCUUGCAGGUUACUCGGCCUUGAUGAUUGACGAGGCUCACGAGCGGACAGUUCAUACCGAUAUUCUACUUGCCUUAGUGAAGGAUUUAGCCAGGGAACGACCGGAUCUGAAACUGCUUAUUUCUUCGGCUACGAUGAAUGCUGAAAAGUUUGCGCAGUAUUUCGACGACGCUCCGAUUUUUAACAUUCCAGGGCGAAGGUACCCCGUCGAUAUUUACUAUACUCCAGCACCUGAAGCAAACUACUUGACGGCUGCUAUCACAACGAUAUUCCAAAUUCACACCAGUCAAGGAAAAGGAGACAUUCUGGUAUUCUUAACAGGCCAAGAUGAGAUCGAAGCUGCAGAGCAACAGUUAACAGAGACCGCAAGGAAGCUCGGAAAUCGAGUAAAGGAACUGAUUGUCUGUCCCAUUUAUGCCAAUCUGCCUUCAGAGCUCCAGAGCAAGAUAUUCGAGCCCACUCCGAAUGGUGCCCGUAAGGUUGUACUUGCUACCAAUAUCGCCGAGACAAGUCUGACCAUCGACGGUAUCACAUACGUCAUUGACCCAGGAUACGUAAAGGAGAACAUCUAUAACCCAGCGACAGGGAUGUCGAAUCUCGUCGUUGUUCCAUGUUCUCGAGCCUCUGCAAAUCAGCGCAGUGGACGUGCCGGACGUGUUGGCCCUGAGAUACAAAGAACCAACCUGAACAGUGUGGUGCUAUUACUGAAGUCUCUCGGGAUUAACCAACUGCUCGAAUUCGAAUUCAUGGAUCCUCCCCCUACCGAAUCUCUAAUCGGGGCUUUAAAUCAACUUUUUGCCUUACAAGCCCUAAACCACAAAGGCGAGCUUACCAAGGUUGGUAGGCAGAUGGCCGAGUUUCCUACGGAUCCAAUGCUUGCCAAGGCUGUUCUUGCUGCAGACAAGUUCAAAUGUGUUGACGAGGUUUUGUCAAUUGUAGCAAUGCUAAGCGAGGCUUCGGCCCUGUUUUUCCGGCCGAAAGACAAGAAGAUACAUGCCGACAGCGCUCGUAACCGUUUCACUGUCAAGGAAGGUGGUGAUCAUUUAACGCUACUUAAUAUCUGGAAUCAGUGGGUUGACAGCGACUUCUCUCCCAUCUGGUCACGGGAGAAUUUCUUACAACAGCGCUCUCUAACCCGUGCGCGGGACGUUCGCGAUCAACUUGCCAAACUCUGCGAACGUGUAGAAGUAGCGCCGUCUACAUGCGGUUCGGCCAAUAUUGAGCCCAUUAAAAAAGCUCUCACUGCAGGUUUCUUCCCGAACGCAGCCAAGCUACAACGCAACGGCGACAGCUAUCGAACCGUUAAGAAUAACACAACGGUGUGGAUCCACCCCAGCUCGGUGCUGAUGAAGUCAGAUCCACCUGAGAAGAUGGUAAUCUACUAUGAGUUGGUGCUCACCAACAAAGAGUACAUGCGCAGUUGCAUGCCCAUUAAACCGCAUUGGUUGAAUGAGGUCGCGCCGCACUUCCACAAGAAGAAGGAUCUGGAGGAGCUCGAGGAGAAGAAGAUGCCGAAGGGACACUCUGGGAGGUGA